CUACGACAACGCUGUGAUUCCGACUCAGGCUGGAGCAGACGCCACGACAUUGAUCACUUGCUAUCGUUGGUACAUGCACGUGAAGUCUCUGACUUCUUUGCACCAGUGUAGGCCUACCUUCCGUUUUGAUACGGUGCAGCGUAUUGCUCUGGAACAUGCCGGUGACAACUCGUAGCGCCAAGCAACGUCCACAGCUGUCUGUGAAACACACUCCAGACAAGGAUGACGCAGGCAAAUCGCACAAGUCUAAAAGGCGGAGGCGUACUCGAGCGGCAAAACCCAUGGGUUCGAGUGACACCGAAAAUGCCCCUCUACUCAGCGGGCUUCCUGCGCUCCCCUUGGAAAUAAUCUUCGAGUUAUUCGCCUCUCUGAAGCCCGUGGACCUGGCGAAUCUUGCACAGACGAACGGAGCUUUCCGUGCAACGCUCACAUCACCUCAGGCUUCCAUCGUGUGGAAGGCAGCGAGGAAGCGCACAGCAAAUGCUCCUGAUUGUCCACCGCUCGUGUCAGAGGUUCCCUGGGCCAGGUUCAUAUAUGGCUCAUUCGAAUGCCUGAAAUGCGGCAGGCCUGGUAUCCGUAAUCUGGACUUCGCUCUCAUGCGGCAUGUAUGCGGUGUAUGCAAAGGAAGACUCGUCGACGCACGGACCCUUCGCAAAGAGAUGCCGAGUGUCGAUCCAGUGGUUCUGGAGCUACUUCCUCAUACGACCUUCUUUGACCUGAGAUUUUACUGGCCAGCUGAUGUUAGGGCGAUCGCGAAGAUAUACGGUGGAUAUAAGAGGAAUGUCGAGUCACAAAUGGCAGGUGCGAAGAAAAUGCUACAAGAAUACAGAAAGGAGCGCAGGAAACAUGUCCAGGAAGUCCUUGAGCAUGCAAAGAAGUGUCAAGCAUGGUUAAAAGAGUUUGAAUUUGCUCUCCAUGACGAAUUAGAUGAACGUAGUGAACAGCGCUACCAGCUGAUCGCAAAGCGCUUCGUGGAGCUAGGAUAUGAGUGGCCCGACAUCCAUGCUAUGCGGGACAGACCGGAGUCCAAGCACGAUGGGACUUUGUCCGAACAAGUUUGGAAGCGCAUCCGGCCCGUGCUCCAACUAGACAUCGAGAUCGCACGGUGUAAACGGUUGGACAGGUUUGAGGCGCGCACAAUCAGAGCACGAAAGGCCCUAGUCAAGCGCGUAUACUACGCAUACAGGCAAACACUACGGCCCAUAGAGUGGAUACAUCUUCCACCGGCUGAUUAUGUUUAUGUGAUCCCGGUGUUCCGCUCGCUGAUCUACACCCACAUCGACGUCCCGCUGGAAGAGGCUGCGUGCGACGAGGCUGCGCGACGCCUACCCGAGUACAUCUCAGCCUUCCGCAACACCCUCAAGGCGCGCCUCUUGCGAAGCAUGACCGACAGCCGUCGUGGUUCGACAACGGCAGCAAGGACGUCGACGCGACCGCUCAGGGGCGAUGCCCGUCUCUCGCUAGCCACCUCCGUCUUCACGCUGACUACGAGUUCAGGCUCGUAUCUGGAACGAUGCUUCGGCUUCGACGACCUCACUGCGCAACUGGCUUAUCGUGGCGAGGUCGGUAUACAAAGUACGGCCUUCUGGGUCGUGGUGCACGACUCUGAGGGAGGAGAUAUUACUGGCCACGGCCUGAGCUACGAUUUGCGUGUAUCGAAGACAGUCGAAUCUCUGAUAGCGGCACUUGGCCUUGAUCCUGAAACCGCACGGCCAGAAGACCUGGAUCGAUUGGAAAAACGCGUUCUCUGUGGAAGCUGCCAAUCCAUGGAUUGGCCCGGGCUCGCACAACUAACGGAUCAGGCAUACAGCUGGCGAAGCGCCAUCUUGCAUUAUGCGCAUAUACACAAUGCUGCGCUUGAGGCACAGACCUGGAGGAUCUUGACCCCAGACGAAUGCGACAUCGUGCGCCGCGCGGAAGACGCCCAGAAGCCGGCCCUUCAAUCCAUGUGGAGUUGCAACCACUGCAUUGCCUAUGCGGAGCAGUUGCUGUCGCACUCGGCCGUCCAGUCGCACGUGCGAGAGGAACAUAAUAUCGCUGAGCCUGAAGAGGACGUUGAUUUUUUCCACGCGCAUCCGACGGUCCGCUGGAAUCCACAGCCGCAAUCUCUCUCUAGAAGUCUUAGGCUAGCAAGGCAGGGCACCACAGGACAGGUAGACGACGGCGACGACGAUGAGGCCGAGAGGAGCGUUACGUGCGUUGUGUCAUAGGCGAUAUCGAGUCCGUCCCAGCACUAAUUCAUUACUGCGCGUGGUGU